ACACAGAAGUCCCAGUUUCUGUGGUUUUUCACUCCCGUCACUGGCUCUUCUCAGAUCCGUCUGGCUGUCAUCCGGCGAAUCGAUUCUGGCUGAGUCGCCAUGGUCAUGGCGAUUAGGGCUUCUUUUGUUCUUCUAUUAUUUCUCUCGUAUGCCCACUUUAGCUUUUCGCUUUACGAAGAUCAAGUUGGCCUUAUGGAUUGGCACCAGCAGUACAUUGGGAAAGUAAAACACGCUGUGUUUCAUACUCAAAAGACUGGACGAAAGCGGGUUUUGGUGUCCACCGAAGAGAAUGUUCUUGCUUCUCUUGACCUUCGUCAUGGAGAAAUUUUUUGGAGGCAUGUUCUUGGGACCAACGACGUAAUCAAUGGACUCGACAUUGCCCUGGGAAAAUAUGUUAUUACUCUUUCCUCUGAUGGUAGUAUAUUGAGAGCAUGGAACCUUCCUGAUGGCCAGAUGGUUUGGGAGUCUUUCCUUCCGGGCUCAAAAGCUUCAAAGUCAAUAUUAAAUAUUCCUAAAAAUUUUAAAGCAGAAAGGGAUGAUUUGAUUCUUGUUUUUGGUAAUGGAUGUCUUCAUGCUGUUUCCAGCAUAGAUGGUCAGAUUCUUUGGAAGAAAGAUUUUGCAGGUGAAAGCACUGAUGUUCAGCAUCUUAUUCAGUCUCCACAUGAUGAUAUAAUCUAUGUAGCUGGUUUUUCUGGCUCUUCAAAAUUUGUUGUACAUCAGUUCAAAGCCAAGAAUGGAGACUUGUUAAAGUACAAUGAUGCGGCAUUUCCCUGUGGUACUUUUGGGGAAUUAUUAUCAGUCUCCAAUGAUAUGCUUGUGAUAUUGGAUGAUAUCAAGUCAAAGAUAGUAACAAUAAACAUCAGGAAUGGAGAUAUUAACUUCAACCAGAAGUAUAUUUCAGAGCUCAUUGAGGAUUCAUCUGGGCAGGCAGUCAUUUUACCAUCAAGGCUUCCAGGAAUGUUUGCUUUAAAUCUCAAUCCCCAUGUUAUCCUUCUUAAAUUGACAAAUGAAGGUGAUUUGGUUGCCGUGGACAAAAUAAAUAAUGCUGCAGCUAUUAGUGAUGCUCUAUCCAUUUCAGAGGGUCGACAUGCUUUUGCAUUUGUUCAACAUGAAGACAAGAAAAUUCAUCUUUACGUGAAGGAUGUCAAUGCUGAUGCUUUGGAUGGUGACUUUCUUAAAGAAAGCAUAGUAAUAGACCCUCAAAGAGGGUAUAUUGAUAAAAUUUUUAUAAACAACUAUGUCAGAACAGACAGAUCUCAUGGGUUUAGGGCAUUGAUGAUAAUGGAGGAUCAUUCACUUGUACUAGUACAACAAGGAGAGAUUGUUUGGAGUAGAGAGGAUGGCCUUGCUGCAGUUGUAGAUGUAACAGCAUCAGAACUAACUGUGGAAAAGGAAGGUGUAUCUGUAGCAAAAGUUGAACAGAAUCUCUUUGAAUGGCUCAAGGGACACAUGCUGAAGCUCAAAGGAACUUUAAUGAUUGCAACCCUAGAGGAUGUAGCAGCAAUCCAAGCGAUGAGGUUGAGGAGUUCGGAGAAAAGCAAAAUGACUCGUGAUCAUAAUGGAUUCCGUAAGUUACUUAUAGUGCUUACCAGGGCAGGAAAAGUUUUUGCCUUACACACUGGAGAUGGACAUGUAGUUUGGUCUGUGCUAUUACGCAAUCUACGUAAAUCCAAAGCAUGUGAACGUCCAGUUGGGAUUAAUAUUUAUCAGUGGCAGGUUCCACAUCACCAUGCAUUGGAUGAGAAUCCAUCUGUCCUUGUAGUUGGGCAGUGUGGCUCAGGUUUGGCUGAACCAGCUGUUCUUUCUUUUAUUGAUGCAUACACGGGGAUGGAACUCAAUGCUUUGAGUCUUGCUCAUACCAUCGCUCAAGUUAUUCCACUUCCUUACACCGAUUCAAAAGAACAGCGUCUACAUCUAAUCAUAGAUGCUGACCAGAAAGCUCAUUUAUAUCCCAGAACACCCGAGGCUAUUGAGAUUUUGCAACAUGGGUUUUCGAAUGUGUACUGGUACUCAGUUGAGGUGGAUAAUGGUAUUAUUAGAGGUCAUGCCUUGAAGAGUAAUUGCAUUGGUGAAGUAGUGGAUGAAUAUUGCUUUGUCUUCAGGGACUUAUGGUCAGUUGUAUUUCCGUCUGAAUCUGAAAAGAUCAUAGCAACUGUGACAAGAAAAUCAAAUGAGGUGGUUCAUACUCAAGCAAAAGUCAUGACUGACCAAGACGUCAUGUACAAGUAUAUAUCAAAAAAUCUGCUUUUUGUUGCAAAUGUGGCCCCAAAAGCCAGAGGUGAAAUUGGAACAGUAACACCAGAGGAGGCAUGGCUGGUUAUCUAUAUCAUUGAUACUGUAACUGGCCGCAUAUUGCACCGCAUGACUCAUCAGGGUUGUCAGGGUCCUGUUCACGCUGUAUUUAGCGAAAACUGGGUUGUGUACCACUAUUUUAACCUUAGAGCACACAGAUUUGAGAUGUCAGUUGUUGAAGUCUAUGAUCAAUCUCGAGCGGAUAACAAAGACGUGUGGAAGCUUGUUCUUGGAAAGCAUAAUCUUACAUCGCCUGUCUCUUCAUACUCCCGACCAGAAGUCGUAGCUAAAUCACAAUCAUACUUCUUUACCCAUUCUGUGAAAGCAAUAGAAGUGACUUCAACCGUCAAGGGCAUAACCUCCCAACAGAUUCUUAUUGGAACAAUCGGUGAUCAGGUUUUGGCCCUUGAUAAGCGUUAUUUGGAUCCUAGGCGAACAGUCAAUCCCUCGCAAGCUGAGAGAGAAGAAGGAAUUAUUCCUCUUACAGAUUCAUUACCGAUCAUUUCUCAGUCUUACAUUACGCAUGCCCUUAAAGUGGAAGGUCUCCGACGUAUAAUAACAAUACCUGCCAAGUUGGAGUCUACUUCACUGGUCUUUGCAUAUGGAGUAGAUCUAUUCUUUACUCGGAUAGCACCUUCAAGGAUCUACGAUUCAUUAACCGAAGAUUUCAGCUACGCACUACUUCUUAUUACAAUUGUUGCGCUUGUAGCAGCAAUUUUUGUUACCUGGAUAUUAUCGGAGAGGAAAGAACUACAAGAUAAGUGGAGGUGAUGUUUCAUCAUUUUUGCUUGGAGUUUCUUUUAAGUUCUGAACAUUUAGUAGGUUUUACUCAGUUUUCUCGACAAGGGAGGCACAAUCGAAACUUGUAGCUCUUAUUGCAAUUUUUAAUGUAAAAUUCAAUUAAUUUAGGAUGAUUGGAGGAUGAUAAUUUAAAUGUUGUAAAUUUAGUAGUAUGAAAUAGGGUCAGACUCGCGCCCUUUCAAUGUGAAAGUACGGUGGAUUGCAGCUGGCGGUACGUUCCACUUUAUUUUCUUCAAUGCCUCAUUUAGCGAUGAAAAUGGGUUUUGGUUUGA